GUCACACUGAAUACAUGUUCCAGGUGACGAACCAUUGAAACCAACAUGGCUGGCCUACAAAUCAACAAUGUGGUUAGUCUAAAUGAGGGAGCAAGACCUGACCAGAUGACCAUCAAACCAGAACCAGUUGAUGAUGGAUAUGAUGCCGCCCUCACAAGUACCAAUGAUGAAUCCUCAAUACCAUCAGACAUGGCAGCUGGAAUGGCAGGAGAUGCAAGCAAGAAUGCCACUGACAUCACAUUUCCAAGUGGAGACUCAAGCAAGAGGUUACGAGGCAUAUUGAGCAACAUGCUCAGUGAUACUAGCAAGGAACUUUCAGUAAAAACUGUAAUUGAGGACCUCCUACAGAAAAAUGAAUAUCUUCUUGCACAGAACAAUGCUGGGUUAUAUAAACCCCAACCAAGAAAUAUGUCAUACAAAAAAUAUGAUGACACAGGUUCAAAGUAUUAUGCACAGUCUUCAGCCUCAGUUUAUAACAUAAACAACGGUCCAGCUAUGUCAAAAGCAGGCAUGUCGGCAAUCCUACGUCCAGGUAGUCCCACACUUACCUGUCCUGCACCCAAGAAAGAAAAUGCAUCAAUGUCAAUGUUGGAGCUAGGUGUGUUAGAUAGUACCACAGAAAAAACUCUUUGUAAUAUCACACAGGAGGUAGUGUGUGGUGUAGCCUCUAAGGCCUUCAUUAUGACACAGGAAGGAGUAAACAUUCAGACAGAUUUACAAUUCUACUGGUGCAAUUUCUGUCCGUUUAAAACAGAAUCUAAACAGAAUCUGUCGGGUCAUGUUUUGGAACACAGAUUUCACUGUAAGACAUGUGAAUAUCAGUCAUUUUCAAGAGCAGAUGUUAUAAGGCAUGCUGUCCAAGAACAUUCAGAUUUCUAUGAAACAGCAAAGACAUUGAAAUUUUGCUCUUUUUUACCAGAUUUCGAAGAAAAAACAGAAAAUUCUGUAAGCAAGUCUUCUAAACGGAAAUUGAACCAAGAAAAGGAAGUUCCUGUAAAGCGAGCUAAAGUCGAUAGUGACAAGGAUUUAACGGGAGAUACAAAAAAGACAUUGGAAGUUAAGGAGAAAACAAAAAAAACACAGAAGAAAGAUGAUGACUAUGAGUGCUUUGAAAUGGAGGUAGAUGAAGUUGAUGAUGAUAAUAAUAACAACUAUGGAAGUGAAGAGGAUGAGGAAGAAGACAAUGAGGAAAGAGCGACAGAAACUAUCAUAACACCAAGCUCCAAAAAAGAAACUGCCAAAACAAUGCCAAUUUCUGUCCCAAACUUGUUGAAACAGUCACCUGUCAAGACGCCAACACCAGUAUCUUCGAGUUCUAAUAUAUCUGCAACCUUAUCAACUAAAUCUGCUUCCACUCCAUCUACAAAGGGAGGUAACACUGUAACCGUAUCAUCUGGCUUGUGCUGGAACUGUGGAUACUGUGAAUUUGUCACUUUGAGUCAAACUUUUCUCAAAACCCAUCUUAACAGUCAACACACUGGAAAGGCACACAAAUAUGUUGCUAUGCUUGUGUCAUCUCAGGAAGAAAUGAACCGCAUCAAGGAAAAGGAUUCCACAAUGUACCAAAAUCCAAAUACGCUAGUUUAUGGAAACAUUGGUGCACCACAAUCAUCCUCAACAUUUAAUCCUGCCAUUUCUUCUUCCAUCCCACAUGUCUCCAUGACAACUUCUGGUUCUGGAAAUGAUAGUACUAGCAUUCCUGACCGUGAUAAUGCAGAUUAUGAUAGUGAAAGUGAUGAAGAUUUCAUUCCAGCAGAGCAGAAGAAAAAAUACCCACUUACCUACAAAUGUGCACACUGCAAUUUUAAUGCUCCUGUCUGUUUCAAGAUCAAAGAGCAUCUGCAAAUCAAACAUAUAGGUUGUGUAUUGUAUAGUUUGGAUAUGCGUGCUGUGAAGCUCAAACAGCGUCGAUAUGUGUUCUUUUGUCAUCGCAAGAAUUGCUCUUUCACUACAAAGAAAACUGAAGAAUAUCUAAACCACUCAGAGAGCUGCACUCCUUGGCUUGAAACUGGAUGUCCAGAAAAAGUGGAUGCUGCUGCAAAGAAGUGUCUUGAACUAACAAGAUCAUUUUCAUCAAAGAUAUCUCAAAAGGCUUUCCAAAUGGCCAAAAACUUUAAGUCAUCCAAAACUGCUGAAUAUGCAUGUGUACACUGCUCUUAUACCUCAAACAACAAUACCCGUGUCAAGAAGCAUGUGUUGUCUAACCACAAAGACAACGACACCUUAAUGAAGGAUCUUCAGGCCCACCGCAUGAAGAAAAAAAUGUAUGUGUACUUUUGUAAAUACUGUCUAUGGGAGACGAGAAACGAUGGAGAACUUACAGACCACUUAAAAGACAAGCACAAUGAUUCCAGUGUUGUUAAUCCGGCUCCCACACUUCAGGAGGAAGAGCCUCCGAUGAUGAUGGAAAUGCCAGCAACCUCCUCCAUUGUGGCCAACUCGCCGACUGUGAGUAUUGAAAUGGAUGAGUCACCACCUACGACUACACCUGAUGAAUCUGCAAACAAUUCAGAUGCUGGUGAAUACGAUGAUAACUUUGAUGAUUUGGAAGUGCCACAAGAUGUGAUUCAGUCAUUAAUGGAUGAGUAUGUUACUCAUGAGGCUUCUCAUGGCGUAUCACCAGGAAGACCAACACGUAAUGCUGCAGCUAAGGCACAAGUUCGAUGUCGAGCUCAAGGUCAGUCUCCUCAGCUGUUCCGUUGUAUACAUUGCCCGCAUAUGUGUUUUGGUGUAAAUCUGGUCAAGAAACAUAUGAAGACAAAACACAGCAUUGAACCGUUACGUUCUAUGGAUCUUAAAAAGAAGAUAGCACGAUCAUAUGCCUAUUACUGCUUCUGUCCGAAGGAAGGGUGUGUGUUCUUGCACACUGCUGAAGAGGCUGUUAUUAAACAUGCAUGUAAUGAUCAUGGAUUUUCUCCAGAAAAUCAGGAGCUACAACGACUAAAUCAGCCUGUAAUCAGAGGAGGGGGAGGAGGAGGAGGAAGUCAGCUGCGGCAUGAUGCUCAAUAUGAAUGUCUGUAUUGUAGUAGUAAUGGUACAGGUGCAAUCAAGACCAGCAUGGAGAAAAUGAGAAGGCAUAUCCUGGAGGAACAUGGUGGAGAGGAGGUCAUUUUCCGUGACUGUGUUGCCAGGAAGUUGAGAAAGACCUCACGCAUCUUUAUGUGCUCCCACCUAACAUGUGGCUACAACACCACUGACCAAAAAGAAUAUACUUUGCACCGUCUGGCACAUGAGAAGUCCCAUAUAUAUGAGUGUGCAAAGUGCCAGUGGUUUACUGCCAAUCCAGACACCGUAGCAGCACAUAUGUCAGCCAUGCAUGCUGGGUCUCAGGUAACAACCAUGGAGAUCUUUCUUGAUUUGGACGAGAAAGGAAAUGUCGUCAAGAAAGUUGGUGGUACUGUCAUUAAACAAGAACCAGAAUAAAUUACUAAAUGUAAAACCUCAUUUGUUUAAAAAAUCAUGUAGAUUUAGGAAAUUAGUGCUAUCAUAUUAUUCCUGGAAUUCAUGUAGUGUCCGUGCAGUCAAUAAAUUGAGAAUAAUGUACUAGUGUAAAAGAGGGCCAUACUAAGGAAGAGUUAGUAUUCUGUUGAUAUUUGAUCAUUGUAUGGUAGAUAAUUUGUAUAGUCUGAAUACUAAAUUGAUAACCACACAUUUAUGUCUUCAAGAAAUCUCAUUUCAAUUUCACAGGAAAUAUAGGCUAUUAACUGUAUUUUAUCGUGUGUCAUGUGAUAAAGUGUUGGUCUUAAAUGUGUUGUUGCUUUUAUGAAGAUGUAACCAAUAUGUCAGAUAAUGAUCAAUUAUAAUUUUAGACAUUAAUAUUUCCUAAUUAUUCUUGAAUUAAUUUAUUCAGUAUUUUGAAAGUUAAAACUUGUGUUCAGGACUUAUUGUGUGGAGAACAACAAUAAGUUAUCCAUAAAUAUAUUUUUUACCGACAUGUGUCAAGAAAAUUAUGACACUAAGCAUACUGUAUUAUUGGUAUUAUAUACAGCAAUAGUUGACCUGCUGCUUAGACCAGUUAAGAAAAAUGAAUAGGAAUUUUUCACAACUGUUGAUCAAAUGCUAAAGGUUUGACAUACAAUAGUGGUAGUGGAUAUUCAAUAUGUUUUUGUCCUCUUGGUGCGUAUGUGCUUUUUUCUCUGGAUGGAUGUGAUUAAAAAUUUGUCUUGUCAAAACAUUGACUAGAAGUGCCCCAGACUGAUAAUGGAAGCAAACUGCAGAGUUGCAACAUUUUAGAGAGUAUGUCUUACAUUCCUGGGAUUUCAAUAUUACUGUAUGAAAAGGCUACAGACAUUGUUACUUUCAUGAUUGAAGCAUUAAGCAAAAAAAUAUGUACAAAGAACAAUGAUUUUAGACUAUGAUCUCAAAGUCAUUUCUGGAUAAAGCACAUGUCUAAGUUCAGAUAUGUUGCUGUUAAACUUGAAUAUAUAGUAUUGUAUUCACCAGAAUUAGCAAAUAAAUGUCAAAAUAUAA